AAAUUUCUUGGUGCAACGUUUCCCCGGUGUCUAUUGAAGGUUGGUCAACCCAAUCACGGUUAAUUCUAUAUAGUGCACAGAAGAGAAUCCAAAUUCGAUAUUCAAAAAAAAAAAAAAUUGGGUAUGGGAUGGGAUUCCCCUAGUUGUCAACAAAAUUUCUUCAUAAAUUUUUAAUGUGUGUGUGUGUGAGAGAGAGAGAGAGAGUAGAAUAAAAGGAUAGAUGAAUUGGGCUCUUAGUUCAUGUUGGCCUCUUCUCCAACAAUUGGUACUUGGUUGUAGUAGACAAAAGGGGUGUUUUGGGAUGAGAAGAAUGUGAGAUUCAUCAAAAGCAAGACUGUCUCCUUCUCUGCUCCACUCCUAUAUAUACACAAUCUCUUCUCUCUCUCUUUCCAUAAUCCUCUUGAGAAAAGCAAAAGGAAAUGGAAGAAAAUGAAGGGUUGUCUUCAAAAGAUGAGAACAAAAUAAUGUUUAAGAGAAUUUGUGUCUUCUGUGGUAGCAAAGCAGGAUACAGAUCCACUUUCAGUGAUGCUGCUCUUGAGCUUGGCAAUCAACUGGUUGAGAGAAAAAUUGAUCUGGUUUAUGGUGGAGGCAGUGUUGGUCUAAUGGGAUUGAUCUCUAAAACUGUUUUUGAUGGUGGUUGUCAUGUUCUUGGAGUAAUUCCAAAAGCUCUUUUGACACAUGAGAUAUUAGGAGAGACCAUAGGAGAAGUGAAAACAGUUGCAGACAUGCACCAGAGGAAGUCAGAAAUGGCUAAACAUGCUGAUGCUUUCAUUGCUCUUCCAGGUGGUUAUGGAACAAUGGAAGAAUUGUUGGAGAUGAUAACUUGGUCUCAGUUAGGAAUUCAUGAAAAACCAGUGGGUUUGCUUAAUGUAGAUGGGUAUUACAACAGCUUGCUUGCAUUGUUUGAUAAAGGAGUGGAUGAAGGGUUCAUAGAUGAUUCAGCAAGACAUAUUGUGGUUUCAGCUGACACAGCAGAAGAGUUGAUCAAGAAAAUGGAGGAGUAUGCCCCAGUCCACGAGAGGGUUGCAUCCAAACAAAGCUGGGAAGUGGACCAAUUAUGAGAGUCUACCAAAGUGGCUUUUGAGAUUGAAAGACAGAAACCUACCAUCAUUAUCAAAGCUUCGGACAUCAAAAUAUGGAACCAUCAACAAACCAAGAGAGUUGAUGAGAGAAAAGUACAUGGGCUUGUAACCGGUGAGGACUCAAAACUUUUUUGUGGACUGAAGAGGACUCUAGAGACAUUUACACUAAAUUCAUCCUAGUGUAACAUUUAAAGUCUAUUUCCAUAGAAACUACUCACACUCUUGUCAAAGCUAGCCCUCUCCUAAAUAUCCUUUCGUAGACCAUUUAAUGCUUCACCACUAACUUUUUCUUUUUCAACGUUUGUAUGGUUUCUAUCAAGCAUGUGCCCAUCACUCUGUACCUUCUAUCUUGUGCGGAAAAGGAAAUGAAGCAUGCCGACUCAAUUACUUUUCAUUUUUCUAUUUUUUUUUUCCUGGUAAUUAAGGAUCUAAUAUUCAAUUAUGUUUACGUAGGAGAAUCCGGGUAAAUCACACAGUUAACAGUUCGGUUAAUGGAUUAGGGUCUCA